UCUUUUUGUCAAAAUUAGUGAGGUUAUGUUUACUAUUCGUAUUAUUAAUUAAAAAAUGGAUCAAAUGAACAGCAUCUGUCGCUUGUGCCUUUCAAAGUCCUCUGUUUACUACAGCAUUUUCGAGAGAAACAUCCUCAACAUGAUUGAAGCAUUAAUAAACAAAGUUAGCCUUGAUAAUGGCAUUUCAAACGUAGUAUGUGUAAAAUGUUCUCGUAACUUAAAAAUGGCAUACAACUUUCAACAAAAAAUUAAGAAAAAUGAGCAAUUGCUUUCAGUAAGAAUUAAACAAGAGCCUCUUGAAACCCAGGAAUUUGACAUUCAAGAUGUUAUUAAAUAUGAAGAAACCAUAGCAACAGAGAACUCUUGUGACGUCAUGGACAAUAAAGAAGUGAUCAAAUAUGAGGUAACCAUAGCAACAGAGGACUCUUCUGACGUCAUGGACAACGAAGAAAUGCUCAAAUAUGACGAAAUCAUAGCAACAGAGGACUCUAGUGACGACAUCAAUAACUUUAUUAAAUGUGAAGAAACUAUAGCAACAGAGGACUCUUGUGAUGAAGAUGUGACCAAAUGUAAAGAAACCAUGGCAACAGAGGAAUCUUGUGACGAAGUGGACAAUGAAAAUGUGAUCAAAUUAUAUGAUAAAGAUUCCUCCAAUGACGACUCUAGAAAUAAAUUCCAAGAGUUCUAUGAUUCGCACAUGGACCUUCUUUUGGGCGAAACUCCUCCAGAAAUUAAGAAAAUCUUUUCAAAUAUACGUUUGAAAAAAAUUACAAAAAAAACCUCGUUUCUUGCUGAAAAACCAGUCAACACAGUUAAGAUUGUCAACAGGGCAGUCAAUUCCAGCACAAAAACUUGCAACAUUUGCCAUCGUGAAAUUUCGAGGUUUCAAUUAGAGAGGCAUUUACAUGCCCACCGUGAGCGUCAGAACAAUCCCAACGCUUGCCUCAUUUGUGGCUCCAAAGUUGUCAAUCUUGCAAAACACAUCCUUAAUAAUCACACCGUGAAGCACAAGUGCAACAUUUGUGAUAAGGAGUACACUCUCAAAUAUUAUAGAGACAAACACAUGAAAACGCACUUCAAUGGAACAUAUUUUAUUACAUAAAUAAAAUAAUAAAACUGAAUUCUUUCUUUAACAAA